GCAUUUAAGUUCUUGUCAGACUGUGUUGUGUAGAUUUGUGUUGUUUUAUGUUGUUAUAAAGGUCCAUGUUUGAUGGCAGUAAUCAUGACAUAGAUGACAAUAGCUACAAUUUAUUGAAGAACCACAUCUUUCGUCAAUCAGACAUUUGUUAUGAAUGCUUGUCAUGCUUUACAGAGGAUAUGGGCGGAAACAUAAUAAAACUUGUCUGGGUUUUUUUUAGUGGGGAGGUGGGUAGGAUUUAUAUAGGCUAUAAUGAACAUGUCUUGAACAAUAUGUUUACGGACAACUUGAUUUUAUUGAGUGUGAGAAAGAAUUGUGGUUUCUUUGGCAAUCCAGAUCCAGUUUGACAACAUUUUUUCCAACAGCAUGUAGAGACUUAACCAAAGGUUUUGCCAAAGGUGUUACUGCUGCUUUCAUAUCAUAACAGAACAUCUGUUUGACUUCAACAAAACUCACAAACUUUGUCAUUUUGAAAAAGUUAAAAGAUCAUAAUAACACAUUUUGUCAUCCACAUGGCUGUAUGUUAUGUUCUGGGUUGGGAUUUUCUUUCAACAUAGAUGGCGUACUGUACACAAACACUGGCUAAGGGCUGCUUUGGGAAAAUAUAUAAGGAGAAGUUUGGAGACUCGUGGGCUGCUUUGAAGAGAGUUCAUGUAGGUCUCAUCAACAGACAAGAGCUGGAAAGAGAAUGCAGAGUAUAUCAUAAUGCUCGGCAUCCUAAUGUGGUGAAGCUUCUUGGUGACCCUUGGAUCAAAGACUCGAAGUGGAACAUUCCUUUAGAAUUUAUCUUCGGGGAAGAUCUUGAAACAACCAUCUUUAAAACACAAAUUUCCAAAAUACAGCUGACUAACGCAGUGAGAGCCACAAUCAUCACUGGGAUGUGUGAAGGUUUGCUUUAUCUACACAGUAAAGACAUCGUCCACCAAGACCUCAAACCAGACAACAUCAUGGUUGAGCAUCAAACCCAUCGUGCUGUGAUCAUUGAUUUGGGUCUGGCAAAGUUCACAAAAAAUGGACUGAGCUCCGCGGCAAAUAUGGGCAAUGAAGCGUACUCUGCUCCAGAGAUCCUGCAGAUGAAUGGAGUUCGUGACAAGCGUUCAGAUGUUUGGGCUAUGGGUAAAGUCAUUGCUGAACUCUGUGCCCGAAUCAGGUUACCCACCCAAUACGUGUGUGCCGGCAAAAUUCAAGAAACUUUAAAAGAUCAUCCAUACUGUAUUCCAGUGUCCCGGAUGGUGGGGAACAAUCCAUUUUACAGAGCUUCUAUGGCUGAAGUCAUUUUAGACAUCAGGAGAGCUGCUUCAGCUUCACAAACGGACAUCAAACCGAGAGACGUCACCGUAACGCAGGGAAAUGAAAUAAGAGGAAAUCAAAGGUGGGGUUUGCAAGCACCCGCGCCACCAAGGAUGGAGGUCAGGAAACCUCCUGUGGUAAAUUAUCGAAUGGAUCCACCACAACAGAGGGAAAUGGGAAAGGCAGUAGUCCCGUUAAAAGGAGCGGGUUUGAACAAUCAGAUGUCUCUGAUGUCAUUUCCUUGCCCCCUUCCAGAGACUGGCAAAGUGACGCAGGAACGUUACAAUGAGGAGAAAGGAGCUAUGGAAUAUAAAGAGAUCAUCACAAAGGGAGGAAGAAUCAUUAAGUAUGAGAAAGUGCAAAUAUCCAAAAAUUCUUAAUUGUCAAGGAAACUGGAUGUCAUAUGUUGGCUUGUAUAAAUAAAUAAAAAUUGGGGAUCAUGUUGUUUCCUUCCUACAUUUUUUAGAUGUGCACUAUUUUUGUGUGUAUUUAUUAAAGAUAGUUUGUAUUGCCCCCCCCAAAUAAAAUGACAAUGAUGAUGUGGACAAUGAUACAGUAAAAUGCUUCUUCAUGUCUCCGUAUAGUCGACAUCCCUUCAAGAACAAAAAUCUCCUUAACAUGCCCACCUCCUAUUCAUUCAUUCCUAUCAUUCAGUAUGGAUCCAUGAGUUAAGCUGUGAAAAGUGGAUGCGGGGGUGUUUGAGUCCCCCAAAAAACUACCAUAAACACAUCCUUAGCUCCAACUCUUUUAACAGAAGCUACAUUUAAAACCCCACCGUUGUGAUGCGAAGAAGUUAUUUGACUGUUCUACGUUUUUUAAAGAAUAUGGUAGUCAAUCUUUUGAAAUGAGUGCUAAACAAUUGUAUUUUAACCUAGGGUUAGAAAUAAACUAGGGGAUAGUACUUUCCUUCUUGUAGAUCUUGAGAUAUCAUCUGAAACGAAACAUUCAUGAAAUAAAACAGUGUAGAACUAAACAAAGUGAAGAUGAAGAUAUUUACUAGUUUUUUUCUUAUUCCUGGUUUUAAAAAGUUUAACCCUAAACCAGAUGUUUGAUUUUUAAUGCCAAAAAGAUCAAAAAGAGUCACUAACACGAACAUUAAAGAUUUUCCUUCACACCAGAUCGUAGACACCCAUCCAUGCAGAAGGAAAUCAAGAGUAUGGUAAAAACCAUAAAUGAAAUCUUUGAUGACUCUUAUUGACUAAAACUUUGUCAGAGCAUUUUGCAAAAUGUUUAACAACAUGUUACAUGAAUCAAAUGUAGUUUAUGCCACAAUUAUAUAAAUGCUGACCCAAACACAAUAAUCAUUUGUCAGAUAAAAGGCUGAACACGACAACUCUCUCUUAGAAGAAAACCUCACAUACAUAAACAUUAACUUUAAAUCUCUCAUUCAAAAACACACCCGUCAGGUUUCACACCGUAAUGUGAGAACAGUUGUCAGGCCAGGGGAUAGACAGAGAACUACAGGGGGUACAACAACACGGUCAUAAAAUAUAAUCUGUCAAACAAGACUGACAGAUCAUAAAGAAUCCAGCCUAAUUUGAUUGACAGGUCAAAAUGACUUGCCUGGGAUAGUAGGGGGGCAGUCACACUUUGAUAAGAUUGCAAACCUCAAGUCUCAAUUCACUCAUUUGCACGAUAAAAGCCAUACAACAAGGAAACAACUCACUCUUAGAAGAAAAACCCACAUACAUAUUUAUUUGAUCUCUCUCUAAUUUACAAACACCACCGUCUUUCACAAAUAGACUAUAGUAAAAUCAAACAGGCUGAAAAACACACUUUUUUGAUGAGGGGGGUGUGUAGUAAGCCCCACUGAAGGAAGGGUGGGGGACAGAGGAGCCCCCAACAACAGCCAUAAAACAUAAAUGUCAACAAGAUUGACAGGUCAUAAAAGUCACCAUUUGAGUGACUGGUUGACAGACGGGGUCAUAAAUCAAUCAAACUUUUGACACAAGGUAUAUGAUUAUACUACUUAUUUGUAUAACAAAGAUACAAAAAGAGUUUUAUGAGUACAAAAAUGUUAUAUGAAUGACAUUCCAUUUGCAAUUCUGUGGAAGUUCAUUAUAACUUCUAUAGGAUGAGAUUCCAUGUAAGUGUGACGACGAGAAACCAGGCAGAGAAGCGGAUCCAAGUGCAGUGCAGAUUUAUUGAAAAUAAUAUAAGAUAAGAUAAAACAAACCAAGGUAAACCACGGAACAUAGGCGGCACAAAAACAAAGCAUGAAACAAAGACCGACACCAAACAAAGGAAACACUAGGGCUUAAAUACAUAGAAACUAACAAGACACACCUGGAGGAACUAAUUAACACUAAAAACUACAAAGGACUACAAAACAUGGCACAGAACAGGAAGUGACAGAAAAGUUCACCAACACAGGGGAAACACGGACUGGGAUCGUGACAGUAAGUCUGCCGAUGUCCCUUUUUUCAGGUUUCAAACUUUCCAUAUCUGUCAACCAGCAACAUAUUUGUUUCUUGCUUAAGGCAUGUGCAGAUGUUCCUACUGUUAAAAUAGGCCUGCUGUUGAAACGGUGCGUUUUUAGUUCAUUAGCAGAAAAAAUCCCAGUUCCUGGUUGAUUUCAGCACACUGUGUGUCAUCAACCCGUUUAUAAAGGUAAACUCUUUUACGUGAAAAGUCAGCCAAGAUUAAUCAAUACAUGAAAGUAUUAGUGCACAUACAAGUACAUUACAUAGGCCAGUGAAUAUGACCUUCAAUGUAUUUUCCAGGACAAGAACUUUAAAUAAUUCACUUUUAAGUUAAAUAUAUUUCUAGCUGAAGCUCACGUUAAAUUAAAGACAAUGUAUUCCUACAUAAAUUAUUUUCCAUUUUUACAUUUGCAUAAAUAAUUCGAAUUUACGCAUUAUCCUAGUAACAGCCAAAAUAAACAUUUUGUGAUAAUAAUAAUAAAUAAAUAAUAACAAUAAUAAAAAGUGUUAGGGGUUAAUUUAAAUUAGUGGUAUCGAUGGUGGCUAUCACCCAAAUAAAUAUGAUCACCCAUCUCACCAAAAAAUCGGAAAUGUGAAAAAGGCUAAUGACGUCACGUGCAGUGUCCUAUGAGUAAUGGUUUCACACACAAAAAAAGUAAAUGUUUUCACACUUUUUUUUCACACUCGGUAGUCUAGCAAAUAAAUCCAUAAAAAUAGUAGUGAAAAAAAAAGAAUAAUUGUGGAAAACCAGCAGUUUCUAAAGUUAACUAUUUGCUUCAAAUUAAAAAGAGGAGCAGUCUAUUUUAAAAUUGAUUUAGGCUACUUAUAUUUACUCAUAUUUUCUUUAUUUACUUUAUAUAUUAUUUAAUAUGAUCGUGUUUUUGUGUGCGUUUACGUCUCAUGUGUUGGAAUGCAUCUCAGAUCAUUUGUCACAGUUUUAGUUUUCAUUGCUCACAGUGGGUGGAUCUUACCUGCCUACCUCAAUAGAUCCUCGUAACUCUGGGUUUACUUUCACAAGUUUCAGGUGCUCGACGAUCAAAAACAGCGGUAAGUAAAUAUAAAAUAACUUAACUAAAACCUUUGUUUCAUGACAUAUUUUAUAACAACACAAUAUUAAUUGUAAUGAAAAACCAUCUUAUAUUUUUUAUCAAUCUUUCGAUUUUUUUACAUGUGGAAAAAUAUUUAAUAAAUGGAAAAUAUAUACGGUUUUGAAACCGCAUUUUUUUUAUGGGAACUAACAAACAAACGAUUUCCAAAAUAUUUUACUGACAAAUUUACUUCAUUGUCUGUCGACAGCGAGAAAGCUAUCUGUCACAUCACCACUAGAUGGCGUACUCCACACAAACACUGGCUCAAGGCUGCUUUGGGAAAGUAUAUAAAGAGAAGUUUGGAGACUCAUGGGCUGCUCUGAAGAGAGUCCCUGUAGGUCUCAUCAACAAAUAUGAGCUGGAAAGAGAAUGCAAAGUAUAUAAAAAUGCUCGGCACCCUAACGUGGUGAACCUUCUUGGUGACCCUUGGAUCAAAGACGCAAAGUGGAACAUUCCUUUGGAAUUCAUCUUUGGGGAAGAUCUUGAGACGACCAUCUUUAAAACACAAAGCUCCAAAAUACUGUUGACUCCAGCAGUGAGAGCCACGAUCAUCACUGGGAUGUGUGAAGGUUUGCUUCAUCUGCACAGUAAAGACAUCGUCCACCA